GUUGGAAUCACAGACUUAUUUGCGUAUGAAACUCCGAAACUUGUGCAAAUUUCCAAUUUAAAAGUUGGUAUCACACAACGACUCAUUCAGCUCGUUAUCUUGGGCUACGUCAUAUGCUGGGUCAUGUUGUACGAGAAAGGCUACCAAGAAACUGACACUGCCAAAUCAGCAGUGACCACAAAAGUGAAAGGAAUCGGGUUUACUAACUACACAAAUAUUUCCGGGAUCGGUCUUCGAAGCUGGGAUAUUGCAGAUUUGGUGUACCCUGCUCUCGAAAAUGAUGCCUUCUUUGUCACCACCAAUUUGAUUGUCACACCACAGCAGAAGCUGGGUACCUGUGCAGAGAUUCAGGAAAUUCACGGAUCCGCCUGUCUCACUGACUCUGAUUGUCCAGUAGAUAAUGUAAACCACCUUGGAAAUGGGGCAAACACUGGAAAAUGCAUCAUCCAGCCGGGGGUGUCAAAUGGCACUUGUGAAAUCUACUCAUGGUGUCCUCUGGAAAACGACACACUUCCGCUCGGUAGAGAACAAUUCAUGUUUCCCAUGGUUGAGAACUUCACACUGCUGAUCAAGAAUGACGUAACGUUCCGGAAGUUCAAUGUACAUCGGCGGAACAUACAGCACUGGGUAUCCAAACGGUUUCUGCGUACUUGCCACUAUGAUAAGGAUCAUCCAGAGUAUAAAUACUGCCCGAUAUUCAAGUUCUCAACGAUGUUCAAAGAGGCAAAUAUUGACCAUUCUGCACUAAUUCACGGUGGGGUUAUCGGAAUUGACAUCAACUGGGAUUGCGAUUUGGACUGGGACAAGAAGUACUGCGUUCCAGAAUACAAGUUCAGCAGACUGGACGAUCCGGAUGCACCCAUUGGACGAGGAUUUAAUUUU